CGUCGGUAAUAGACUGGCGACCUUGGCCGAUGGAAGUUUCUUAGAUUACUUAGGCUACUUGUUAAGGUUAAGGUCCUAUAUUUUUAUGGCAAGUAUGGUAAGUACUUAGUGCCAUUUUUCGUCCCCCCACCCAGCUAUUAUGGAUCACCCAACCUUGUACACACAGCUAUGUUAUCAAUCCCCCCGCAAUCACCCUUUGCUAUCGGGGGGCAAUAUAAAUGGCUACACAGGCCCCUACGGAUCAGUGUCCCAUGUCUUCGCCAACAGGCACUAAGUUACUUGCCAUAGAAAUACACCUUUUUUGGGGCAGUUCUUGUAACCCCCGCUUCAAAUUACGCGCUCUGGCCCGUUUGUUUUCUUGUUGAAUUGCCGCUUUCCAUUAUCCGCCAAAUAGUAGUCUUCUUUGCUGCCUCACACAGCGGCACACAGCUGAUCGAUGCACGGGAUCAGCAUCGUCAAAUAGAUUGGUCGAGUUUUGUUGACAAAUUCAGUAAUAAACUAAUAAUGCGAAUUUUCUGGCGGACUCUACAAUUUCAAGCAUGAGUACUCCAAGUUCUCCAAACUCCGAUGAUUUGGAAGAUUUUCCCGGGCGCCUGUUACAUCAGGCGGCUUUGUGGGACAAUGCGGAAUUACUUGAAGAUCUCCUUCACGCUGAUCAAUUACAACAUAUUGAUGGAGUUGAUGCUUGGGGUCGAACACCACUGCAUGCAGCUGCCACCACAGAAAACUCUAGCUGUCUCAGAAUAUUGCUUCAAUCAGGAGCUGAUCCCAACAUCCCUUGUGGGCCUCGAGGAGAAUACAGGACAUCAUUACACAUCACAGCUGAAUAUGGCCAUGUCAACAAUCUUCGGCUUUUGCUUUGUCAUGAAGCUCGUAUUGAUGUCAGAGAUGGUCUUGGAUUCUCUGCAUUGGAUCUAGCAGUCAAAGGUGGUCACAUAGAAUGUGCCACAGCUCUAAAAACAGCCCAGGCAACACAUGAAGCUUCUAGAGUUGAAACCUUUAACGGAUUAUUAAAAGCAUGCAUUGAAGGAAACCCUGAUUUAAUGCUCAAACUUUUCAAGGAGCUCAAAGAAGACUUGAAACUUGUUAUAAAUAUGACUGUUGAAGGAUCAAACACAUUAUUAUUCAAAGCUUCAGAAGUCGGUCAUAAGGAAAUAGUUAAUCUCUUACUUGCCAAUGGCGCGGAUGCAAGAGUUCAUCCUGUAACAAAGUAUUCUCCUCUAUACAUAGCAUGUUACAAUGGCCACAAAGAAAUCGCCGAAUUGCUAUUGAGAAAAUAUCCUGAAUUGGUACAAACGCCAACAGUUGAAAAAUGGUUUCCUUCUCACGGAUGCUGUAUACAGGGGCACCAUCAGGUGCUGGAUCUUUUACUCAAGUUCCCGUACCCCUCUAGUAUUCUGAAAAAGUACAUUGAUAAGACUGGCAAUUAUGAAUAUGAACUUCCUUUUGACAUUAACGCGAAAGAUGUAUCAGGACAAACUGUGUUGUAUAUUGCUGCUUACAUGGGAAGUUUGAAGAUGGUAGAGAUCAUUUUGAAAUAUCGCGUCAAAGGAAAAAUGUUAAAGUCUUGCGAAUCGACAACGCAGUCGUUGUCGGGAGCGGAAUCGAUCACGGCGAAAAAACGGAUAUCAGAUUCCAUUCAAGCAUUAAUGUCCCGUCUCAACGUAAACUUAAAACCGGAUACGGCUACACCUGCUGGCAAUGUUAAUCAAACUUUGAGUCCUGUCGAUGUAGACAUCUAUUGUGACCAUGGAACACAAACAGCGUUACACAUUGCUGUGAAGAACAAAAAUUUUGCUAUUGCGUCUCUUAUAUUAGUUGCCGGUGGAAAUCCCAACCUUACAAUAUAUCUAAAUGAAGAAGAAUUGUCAAAAUUACGUUCUCGCACUGCUCUAGACGAGUACGUUUUUACAGGAUCCACUGUGUUGGUUGAAGCAGUCAAACAUCGUGAUAUGGGAAUGAUCGAUCUACUUUUAAAACACAGUGCACGUGACGUGGAAAGCAAAGCUCUUUAUGUGGCUGUUCAAGCGAAAGACGACAUUCAAUGACGACGUUCAUAUCAAGAAGGGCAUGAUAGUAACUGUUCCAGCCUUCGCCCUUCACUACGACGAGGAGUACUACCCGGAUCCCAACAGAUUCAAUCCCGACAGAUGGGACUCUGAAAGUGAAAUCAAGCCAAACCCCAACGUGUUCAUGCCAUUUGGAGUGAGCCCCCGCAACUGCGUCGGCAUGCGAUUCGCCAUAGAGGAAAUGAAAAUUGCCUUGUGCACCCUCGUCAAAAACUUCCGCUUCUUCCCCGUGGCGGAGACACCCGAGGAGAUGCAAUUCGAAGAUGGAUUUAUAGGAGUCAUUCAACCCAUUCACGCAACAGUUGGCAUCGAAUCACGUUGUUAACGACAACCUACGGACAGUUUGCUUGUUUGAGAAGAUGUAUCAAGAAUCAAGGACUAAAACAUACUGUAUAACAUAAUCCAGUGGAAAUGGAAACUAGAUCCCCUACCCAAAACCAAUGCCAACCUCAUGCGCCGAUCUCAAAAGUACUGGGCACCUCUGGAGUGGCGUCUAUUCUGUCAUGGGCGCCUCGACGGUGGAAACUGUUUACUGCGAUUUCACCAAACCGAACACCGACCCCGGUUUCCAGACUUUUGUCGGUUACGCCGGCGUCCAAUCCAAACCGACAUACUUCUACGGUCAACUGAACUACAACUGGUACUCUGUCGGAAUUCCAAUUGCAUACGACAGCUUCGUACUAAACGAAGGAGGAGCUUACGACCGAACGACAAAAAAAUUCACAGCACCCGUGGCUGGAAGAUAUUUCUUCUCUUUUACUGGAAGAGCCCAAUCGUAUAACCCUCCAGGCGAUUUCACAUUAGACGUGGAGAUGGUAAAGAACGGCCAGUACGUCGCCAGAGCAGCGGCCGAUGACGGAGCCAAUUCCGAAACACUCUCGAUGCAAUCGAUAUUAAAUCUGAAAGCUGGCGAUCAAGUUUGGACUCAGGUUACGUACAUAACUUCAGGUAUCAGUCUACUCGGUCCCUCUUACACACAUUUCACUGGAUUCCUUCUCGAAGAAGAUGUUUCCCUAUCGCUCAAAGCCCUCAUUUAGAUAACGAUCGACAAAUGAAAUACAACGAGACUUUGCAGCCCUU